AUGCUACGAGCCAAGCUCUUUAUCUUGUUUGUGCUAUAUGCCGCUUUUUGUUCGAGUUUGGGAGAAUAUCUUGGGAAAUCCAAGCAAUCCGACCUUAAAGAUGUAGUGCCUAGAGUUUUUAUCCGAAGGAGAAGAGCCGUCUUGUUUCCACCGGGAUCGUUCGUGAAGUUCACCUGCUCCUUUGCUACAGGACUGUUGGCCACAUAUCCAAAGGGUAUAACCUUUGUUUUGGAAGAAGCUGUCUAUUUUCCGGUACCUGGAGUCAUAGAGGAUUUAUACCCCAAGAGGUUUUUACCCAAGACCACGACAAAGAAACCGGAAAAGCUUCCGGACUCCAUAGUUUACAUCCCCGGCACUGAUUGGCGUUUCAAAGCACAGACUUUGCCCAAACCCAAAUGGAGACAACCACCUCCAAAAACCUAUCGCAUCGAUGAUAAUAGCUAUGCCAAUCCCUUCAAAUGGCAGCAAUGGAAGCAGGAUCAAAAAUGGCAGAAUUACAAAUGGAAAGGAGCAGACUAUAGCAAGUCAAAGUGGUCGAAAUGGACUACGCCCUCGCUAAAGUGGGAAUCGAACAGGAAUCAAUAUAAGAAUAGGGGAGCCUGGGAGUCCCACCAUUAUCAUGGUCAUCGCGAUCGAAGAUCAUUGUUUGAACGCUUCACCAAACUUAGUUCUCUGAUUGGCAUAGAUGUAAAGUCCUGUAUUUUACGCACCAUCUGCGAUAGCAAAAGAUUGCUCCUGCCACCAGGUUAUUCCAUGUUGCACGAUAUGCUGCGCGUUGUUUUUACUAUGCCGCGUUUGGAUGGAGUGGAAGAUGAAUACAGUCGAAUAAUGGACAAAGGCGCUGAUGAGUGUGCAGACGAGUUAAAAACUAAGUGUAAUAUGAAUUUAUUGAUUUGGCUGCUGAGCGGCAGAAUGGAAUAA